GUAGAGACAAUCAAACAAGCUUGUUUGUUUAGUGAUAUGUCUCUAUUAGUUUUAAACAUUUUUAAACAUGAAAUGUGAUAUUUUAAACAGUGUUUUAUUCUACAUUCGAUAAAAUAAACAAUACAACAUGACUACAAUAUCAUACGCCUUAGCGUGUCGUGUAUGUGCUCAGACGGGAGCAGAAAACAUGGAAUCAAUCUACGAGCCUAUGGUGGAAGGAAAGACUCCAGCACAAGUUAUUGAAGAGUGUUUUUCAAUCGCGAUGUGUUCAAAAGACGGUUUCCCAAAUAAAUUGUGUCAAAGCUGCAAAGAAGGCUUGAAGUCUGUAUCGCAUUUUCACACGAUUUUAUUGGAGUCGGAGAAAAAAUUCAAAAGUCUUGUUACGCUACCGAAGAUAGAGAUUACUGAAACAGGAGAUGGAAACAUUUCAUCAGUAUUCAUCUCCGAGGAGUACAUCAAAUCAGAGGUUGACUCGGAGUGCGAAGAAAUUUUCCACGAUAACAUAGACACUGAUGAAGACGACGAGCCGAUUGCUCGACGGAAGCGGCGCAUAAAACGAGAGAGAAAUAAAAAACACCCUCAACAGUUGAUACCGAUCGAUGAAAAGCUGGAACCUAACAUCGCAACACCAGAAAUCGUAGAACAGAAACCUGAUAUUGAAGAAGACGUUAAACCCGAUACGUCUAAGCCGAUGAAAAAAAGAUGGGCUGACAUACAGAUUGAAAUGAACUUCUCGCCGGAUGAUUCAUCGGACAAUGAAAACUACUCCGAUUACGAUAGCGCAAACAGUUCGGACAGUGGUGAAGAAGGUGACCAUAAACCGAAGAAAAAACGCCUUUACUAUGGAGUCAAAGCAGACUCACAGCCGAAACGAUGUUGCGACUGUAAGGAUUUCCCACUAGACAGCCAUGAAAAGGUAGAGGAACAUUCCGACAAGUACCAUUAUCGGUACCGCAUUACAAACGAUCGUGACAUCGAGGAUAAUCCGUUUGAAUGUCCCACGUGCUUUAAGCGGUUCGAAUCCAAAAAGGAGUUUCUGCGACAUCAACGUAAGAUGUACGUGGAACGGUUACAUCCAUGUCCAAAAUGCGAUGAGGAAUUCGCCAAUCAAUACGUUCUACAACGACAUCUCAAAAUGUAUCAUAAGAAAAAGAUGAUAAUUGAGCGAAUGGAAGAACUGCGCCAAGAGUCGCAUAUCUGCUGCGCUUGUAAAAAGCAGUUUGAUUCACAAGAGCAGCUCCGAGCCCAUGCAGAGGAGAUUCAUCUCAAGGAGAGCCUAGCAUAUGACGGGGAUUAUCAGUUUGAAUGCGAAGUGUGUUUUCGUCGUUUCAAAACUCGGCAGUCUAUGAAGGUGCAUCAGUACCGAAUGUUCAAGGGCAAGAAAUUCAUUUGCGCGCUCUGCGGUAAGGCGUUCAAAGAAAAGGCGUUUCUUCGCGACCACGAAAAUUCUCACAGAAGAGAAAAACCUUACGAAUGUCCGAAAUGUGACGCCCGAUUCUCCAUCAAGGGCUCGUACGAUGCGCAUGUCAGGCUUCACGAUGCGAAAGAUGAGUUUAAAUGCGAAUACUGUGGGCGAGGUUUCCGAACGAAAAGUCUACUCAAGGGUCACCUUACCGUUCACUCCGAAGAUAGGCCCUUCAAGUGCCAUCUGUGCCCAAUCACUUUUACCCAGCAGCGUCUAUUGGAUUCCCAUAUAGAGUUCCAUCUGGGCAAUAAGCCAUUCAAGUGUCAACAGUGCCCGGCAUCGUAUCGCUAUCAACGUGAUUUGCGGGGCCACAUACGCGAAAAACAUGAGGGUAUUCUCAAUUUCCAGUGUACGUUCUGUCCGAAGGCGUUCAACCGAAAGAAACCGUUGUUGGUGCAUCUGAAGACGCAUGAAGCAAUCUAAUGUAAUUCCGAGUCCGUCUGGAUUGUCAAUAAAUAAAUCCAAGUAUGUGGUACAUAAA